CUGAAGCUGCGCUACAGAACAGAGCUUGCAGUCUUUGCCGGGGAAGACUCAACAAACGGUUGAAUUACUAAACCACUCUUACAAUCAUUUGCAGUUGUGUAAAAACGUUUUAUAUCCGUGUUGCACUGUUCAAAAAUAAAACAAGUGCGCCGGUUUUAUCUCGUUGAAAGACGCCUAAUAAGAUGCUCACGACGCUAGCUUGCGAAGAUAGCUAAUCUGUGUACGUCAUCAUCGGUGGCGAUGUUGAAAGCAUGAUUCGGAUAGCUGCCUUGAACGCAGCCUCUCAGACUGCAGACGAACAUGAAGAUCACUUCAGGAGUGCGAAACCCAGUCAGACUAAAGAAGCUCAGGAGGCAGAGGCAUUUGCCCUGUACCACCAAGCUCUUGACCUACAGAAGCAUGACAGGAUUGAGGAGUCGGCCAAAGCGUAUCAUGAGCUCCUCAAGACGCCGCUGCUUAAGGAGGCGGUGGCAUCUGAAGAUGAGAAGGUUGGGCUGAAACACCCUGGGCUCAUGCUGAAAUACUCCACGUACAAGAACCUGGCCAGCCUCGCUGUGCUCAGGGACGAUCUGAACACUGCCAUGGACUUCUAUGUGGAGGCCGUCAUGCUGGACUCAACGGACGUGAACGUGUGGUACAAGCUGGGUCAGGUGGCCUUGAAGAGAGUGAGCAUCCCGCUGGCCCGGCACGCCUUUGAGGUGGGUUUACGCUGUAACCCGGACCACUGGCCCUGCCUCGACAGCCUCAUCACCGUCCUCUACACACUCAAUGAUUACAGCUGUUGCCUGUACUAUAUCUGCAAGGCUCUGGAGAAGGACGUAGGCUAUGCAAAAGGCCGUGUGUUGAAGGAGAAGAUCUUCGAUGAGCAGCCUUGCCUCAGACGGGACUCCAUGAAGAUGUUCUCCAAACUUGAUAUGACUAUUCACUACGAUGAGGUAGAGGAGGAGGAAGCUCGCGGAAUAGUGGAGGAGGCCAUGGAGCUGCGGAGACAGAGGCAGGCGAAACUCUCCCGCCAUCCCCGGCCCGACCUCAAGCUGGCGGAGCCCAUCAAACGCUUCACGUGGAAGAGUGUGGGGGAGAGCUUCCUGACCAUGUACAAACACCAGAACGAGUGCCUGGUCCCACGCCCCGACUUCGGCCGGCGGGUCGACCUCUCUGAGUACCGUGAUCUAGACCUCCUCCUGCAGGCUGCCCCCACUACAGCACCGGCCGUGGUUACCGUGGCGGCCCCCGCCGCCCCAGCUCCUGAGCCCCCGCAACCAUCCGCGCCCCUCCCCCAGGCUGAGCCGAUCGCUCCGCCCCCUGCAGCCUUGUUCAGCUCCACCUCCAGGCAGCCCCCACCCUCUGAGCCCUCUGUCCAGCCGCAGACCCCGGUCGAUGCCCUGGGGCCACCGACGCAGGGCCAGAGCAGCGCAGAGCCCAGCGCUACCUAUGUUGAAGCCACUGCUGUUAUGAACAGCACUGCAGUGGUGGCUGUUGCUUCUGCUACUGUUGUUAUUGCGGCCUCUGGUGUUAUUGACCCGAACCUGAGUGAUAAAGCGAAGAAAGCCUCCAAGAGGAAGCGCAUGAUGGAGGACUGCGGCGAGACCGCCAAGAGGCGCUCGGCACGUGUCCGCAACACCAAGUGCAAGAAGGAAGAAAAGAUCGACUUCCAGGAGCUGCUGCUUAAAUUCUUGCCCUCGCGGCUGAAGAAGUUUGAUGCCGAUGAGGAUGAAGAAAGUCUCAGUAACAUUGACACCCAGAGCGAGGCCAAAGCAGGUUCCCAGAUGAACCAGGGCACUGGCUCCAACCUCUCUGACUACAUCAGCUCCAUCGAGACAGAGCACACAGAGGUACAUGCCUUCCUGCUGGCCAACAUGUGCAACGGUGGCAUCCUGGAGCUGCUCCUGCACUACCUGAAGGUGAUGGGGCAGAAGUUUCUGGAAGAGUGGCCACCUGGCCUGAGCGGUGUGUUACUGGACAUGUACAACUGCUGGAGGAAGCACAGUGCCGGUCUGCCCAACCCCCUCCUCCGGGACUCCAGCAACCAGCACAUCAAGGAAAUGAUGAUGAUGAGUCUGUCCAGUUUGGAGCUACAGUUGGAGCAGUGGGUCCUCACUAAGGGAAAGAACAUGUCUCAGAGGAAGAGCACAGCGGGUGAGCACGCGGAGCUGGAUGUCCAGGAGACGCGCUUCCAGACAGACCUGUUCCUCCUCACCAUGGCCUCAUCGCAGAGAGACGUGUUCCAACAAGACUGGCUCCCCUUCGCCGUCCGCGUUCACUGGCUCAAAGCUCGAUACCUCGCGUUUCAGGGAGACAUGGAGGAGGCGCUGGAGGUUUACGAUGUGUGUGUGGGGCUUCUGAAGAGCCAGCCUCAGAGCGCCGAUGGGGACAGACUCACCGUGUGCUUGCCCAACCUCUGUGUGGACUCGGUCAUCUCUAUAGAGGAGAUUGAGAAGAAGCUCAAGUCUUUGGAGAGGUGCCAGUCCCUUGAGGAGAUUCAGAGACUGUUUGAGAGUGGCGACCACCAGGCGGUGGUGAGAUUAAUCCGGCCCACACUCCACUAUGGCCCCGGCUCUGCUCGGCCCAAACACCUGGAGUACCUUAGCUCUGCUCCGGAGAGGCCGGCCCAGCUUCUGCUCCUGCAGAACUCCUUGUUGUGCAUGGAAAACUUUGCACAGUGCCUGGAGAGCUCAGAAGUGGCGCUUGGCGAGGCCAUGCAGCAUGUGGGGACCCUGUUACCCAGCAGCCCCUCUGCCAAGGAGGAGUGGGUGGGCACAGCAACUGCUCUGUUGCGCGGGGUGGAGCGGUGCAUCACGGAGCAGCCGCACCUCCUUACCAGCACGCCACCCUGCGCCAACCUACCUCGACUCGCCAACAACCUCAUACAGCUGAUAGACUGUAGCAUGGCUCUUCCUGAUGACCCCAAGGAACCUCACUUCUCCUCUGUCCUGCCCUGGGUCCUCCUCCACCACCUCCUCAAGCAGGAGGAGGCUGAAUUUGACUGCAUGCUCCGCCAGCACCCGGCACACGAAGAUGACGAUGAUGAUGACACGCCCCUCCUGCCCUCCUCUCUGAUGCUGCUGAACACGGCUCAUGAGUACCUGGGCCGCCGCUCCUGGUGCUGCAACUCUGAUGGAGCUCUGCUGAAGUUCUUUGUCCGUGUGUUGCAGGAGAAGCUAGCUGAGGGGGAUUCUCUUCCGUAUAAGGAGGACCUGGAGACGGCCCUAGAGCAGUGCUACUACUGCCUAUACUCCUACCCCAGCAAGAAGAGCAAAGCUCGCUACCUGGAGGAGCACUCUGCCCCGCAGGUGGAGCUACAGUGGAGCGAUGCACUUUUCAUGUUUGAGUACUUCAAGCCCAAGACACUGCCAGAAUUCGACAGCUACAAGACCAGCACCGUAUCGGCAGAUCUGGCCAACCUGCUAAAGAGGCUUUCUGGAAUCAUCCCCCGCUCUGAGACCCCUACGCUCUCUAUCGACGAAGUGUCUUCCUAUAUAGAGGGCGGAGGCGUCAAGGUGCCAUCCCUGCCUGAGGGAGCCCCAUUAGCGCCCCCUCUGGUCAACGAGCUGUACUACUUGCUGGCUGACUAUCACUUUAAAAACAAAGAGCAGUCCAAAGCCAUCAAGUUUUACAUGCACGACAUCUGCGUGUGCCCCAACAGGUUUGACUCGUGGGCGGGUAUGGCCCUGGCGCGUGCCACACGUAUCCAGGACAAGCUGAACUCCAACGAGCUGAAGAGCGAUGGGCCCAUCUGGAAGCACUCGCUGGCUGUGCUGACAUGCUUCAAGCGCGCGCUGGAGAUCGACGGCUCCAACCUGAGCCUGUGGAUUGAGUACGGCACCAUGUCCUACGCCCUGCACUCCUUCGCCUCCAGGCAGCUCAAGCAGUGGAGGAACGAGCUGCCAACGGAGCUCGUCAAACAGAUGGAAGAGCGCAGGGACUCCAUGCUGGUCACGGCAUACCAGUGCUUCCAGAGUGCGUCUGCGUGCGAGGGGGACUGUAAUGAGGAAGAGUGGCUCAUCCACUACAUGCUAGGAAAGGUGGCCGAGAAGCGCCUGUGGCCUCCCAAAGACUAUCUGCGACUCUAUAAACAGUCUGCUUAUUAUCUCCACGAGGAGGCUGCCAGAUACCCACGAAAAAUCCACUACCACAACCCACCUGAUCUAGCCAUGGAGGCACUAGAGCUGUUCUUUAGGACAAGUGCUACGAUCCUGAAGCUCCUGGAGGAAGAGGACGAUGACACUGUGCCGGAGCCUCAGAAGAACCUUCUGGAUUACGAGCUUUUCUUCAACGUACUCGCUGAAGCUGCAGUGGGGCCUUUUGCUCGUGGAGAGGAGAAAAGUGUGCCCAAGACCAGCGACAAGGAAAAACCACCUUCCCUGAACGACGAAGACUCUCACUCCUCCUCAGCGGGUGCGGCUGGGUGCCCGGUGGCGCUGGCGACCCCCGCGGCGACCCCCGUGUCGACCGCCGCAACAGCACCGUUGGCUGGUGACGGCGUGGCAGGUGUGACUUCCUCCGUGUGUGCGGUCGCUCCGCUCGACCACGAUUACGCCAAACGUAAAAAGGGGCAGCAGAGGCAGGCACAGGACGAACAAAGCCAGGACAGCGUGGCCGUCUUGUCGGACUCCAGCUCUUUGCAGGACGUGUUCGCUGACCCCGCCGGCUCGCAGGACGGCAGCCAGAAGCCGGAUUCGGGGAUGUGUCACCCAUUUCCUGAGGACAUCAGCUCCUUCACUAAAGACAAGCCCCCCACAGCAGAGGAACCAGAGGAGAAGUCCAUCGACGUCAACUCCAGUACCCUCUCGCAGGAGUCCUCGGACACCACCCUGUCCCUCACAUCUCCCGACACGCCCUUGCUUAAGACCCCAACCACAGACACCCCCACCCAGCCUCCAGCUGCCCCUGUCCCUGCCACUCCGCCCAAGCACGGCCCCCCACCCUGCACUCCGCUGCUGGGGCUCUCGAGCGAGGGCAAGCGUCGGCCGGAGCCCCCUGCCCCGCUGGAGGUGAUGGAGGUGCCCAGGUGCCUGCCGGCUGGCCGGGUGGAGCAGCGCAGGAUGCUGGUGGACAUGUGUGUGAGAGCCCUGUUCCUCUGCCUCAGCCGCUUCCCACAGCACUACAAGAGCCUGUAUCGACUGGCACACCUGUACUUCUACAGCAAGACACACAGGAACCUGCAGUGGGCAAGAGAUGUGUUGCUAGGGAGCAGUGUCCCAUGGCAACAGCUGAAGCACAUGCCAGCACAAGGACUUUUCUGCGAGAGGAACAAGACCAAUUUGUUCAACGGCAUCUGGCGCAUUCCGGUGGAUGAGAUCGAUCGACCGGGCAGUUUCGCGUCUCACAUGAACAGAUCCAUCGUACUGCUGCUGGAUGUCCUGUCUCAGUUAAGGGACCACGACACGCUACUUAAAAUCUCCCUCAUGCUCCAAAGAACCCCCGACCAGGGAAAGAAAUAUUUGCGCGAUGUGGACCGACAGGUUUUGGCCAAGCGCGCCUUUUUCUUCACUGUGAAAGUGCUGGAAGACAAUCUGGAGAAGCUCACGGCGGCGUCGGAUCCUUCUCCUCAGCCUUCCACUUCCUCCUUGGGUGAAAUGACCACUUCCGACAUGCCCAACCGGCCCCCAGCCACGGAGGGCCCCAAAUGUUCCCAACCCCAGCAACCCAAGCCAGGUCUGUCAGACUCAGCCUCGGCACCCUGCGUGGACAUGCUGUCCCCGGACACCUCCCGCGCCUUGCUUGAACCAGGCCUCCACGCCCCUGCCGCACCCUCGCAUCCCAGGGAAGGCACUUUGGGCUUGUGCGAGCCUAUGGACCUCGGCCCCGGGGCAUGGAUGGGCGCCCUGAAACCUAGAGACCUGCAAAUGGAGUCCGAGGGCACUCUGCAAGAGCAGAAUGGCCCCCGGACAGGUGAGGAGGUGGUGGAUCGAGCCCCUGAGAGCAGCCGCACUCCAGAACUGUCACUGGAGGAUCUGAGCAUCAGCUCCAAGCAGCAGCUGACGCAGGUUCAGGUAGGCGGGGCUAAAGGGGCGCAUGCAGUGUCUGUUCCGCCCCCGAUGGGCGGCCCCGCUGGACAGGCCGGCCCCACGGAGUCCACACUCCUUCGGCGGCCCAACAGAAAGAGGAAAUUGCUGGAAGAUGUGGAGUCGGGCAAGACGCUCCUGUUGGAUGCCUACAGAGUGUGGCAGCAGGGUCAAAAGGUGAUGACCUAUGACCUGGGGCGCAUCGAGAAGAUCAUGUCAGAGACGUACAUGCUGAUCAAGCAGGUGGACGAGGACGUUGCGUUGGACCAGGCAGUGAAGUUCUGCCAGAUUCAAACGGCGACAUCAGCACAAAGACAGAAUUCCAUCGAUGCCCCCGUCACUCCCAGGUUAAGCAAAGAUCAGCGGGACAUCUUCUUCCCUACGUCCUUCCCGUCUUCGUGCCUGCACACCCACAUUCACCCCCUGCCUGUCCAAGACCACGACGCCAGACUAAGCAAGGCCUCGCGAACACUCCCUGCACACGCGCACACGCACACGCACACUGCCCACACACACUCGCUCCCCGCACACACUCAAGCUCACUCGCACACACCCAGCGCACAGACACAGCUCCUUGGCCAGCCCUCAGCUCAGCAGGACCCAUCGCAGCCCAGGACGGCUUCCAUUCAGCCAGUAGUGGGCAUGGCAUUCUUACCCCACACAGAGGACAGAGAGACCUUUGCUCCAGAGGGUCUGGUGUACAGACAGCAAGAGUCUCACUUGUGUCAGCAGAUGAAGUUGGCCACUGUCUCUCAGAGUCACGACACACCGGAGUGGAGCUCUGCACACACCGGCACAGAAGGCUCUGAGCAGUUGAAGCAGGGGGGCGACUCCAGCCGCAUCCGAUCCCGAAUCCCCGCCAACAUGCCCAAGCUGCUCAUCCCGUCCACGUCCACCAAAUUCCCGCCGGAGAUCACGGUCACGCCCCCGACACCCACGCUCCUCUCACCUAAAGGCAGCAUCUCGGAGGAAACCAAACAGAGGCUCAAAAACGUGAUUCUGGCAUCCCAGUCAGCAGCUAAUGUGAAGAAGGACACUCUGGCCCAGCCGGCGCUUGAGGUUCAAGAGACGUCCAGCCAGGAGUCCUCGCUCGACAGCGAGUCCGAUGAAGAGGAUGACUACAUGGACAUUUGAACUCGGACAUCUCGCCUCUAGGGGGCACCAGAAAGCACAGCAUUAUCCCAGAUGGCACUUUCUAAACACAACCCCAUCCCCACCCCUGCUUAUUUUGAAGCGACGGAAUGUUCCGGUUUCUCUGCAGUGUGUGCACUGCUGCGGUAUACACGUUCUCUCCAGCGACUGGGGACCAGAUCUGGCUCUCUCCUCUCCCAACGUUCUUGUUGGGUUUUUUUUGGUUUGUUUGUUUGUUUGUUUUUUCUCGUGGCACGGCCAUGCUGGCAAGUGCCAGUCGAGCGCCCGCACCCCCGAAGACGCAGCCAGGUGACCUGGCAAGACCGUGACGGCGCCGAAACCAGCAAGACUUUCUCUUCUGUCUACACUGGUGUUUAUUCCAGGCACCCCUGCAGACCGUCCAUUUAACGCAAACAGUGCAGUGGUGUCCGUUCCACCUGAAUAUUUGGAAACAACAUUUAAUUUUGCUGCAGCUUAAAUGGAAAGUUUUACAUCUCAGUUAAGGUGCUUAAUCUCAGACCCACUGCUGCACUGAAUUGUCAGCUGUCAGCAUGCAAACACCUAGAUUUUCAAAAACAGUGUAUAGACGUUUUUUUUUUUUUUUGUUUUUUUUUUGUUUUUUUUUUUACCAACGUUUUCAUAUAAAUGUGUCUAUGCUCUGUGUGUGUGGGAUAGAUAUCAUUUGCCCACCUGAAGCCUCUUGCAUGGCUCUCUUGCUCGUGAGUUGGUGCUUUAUCUCUGAUGACUUUGCCCAGUCCGACCGUCUAACGGCAGCAUGAGUUUACAGCUUCCUGUAGCGCUUACCAAUUUAAAAAAAAAAAAAAAAAAAAAAAAGAUUUCUGAACUGUUUCCCACCAAAGUUUACUUUUAUCUACACAUUGGGUAAUUGCAUCACUUGGUCAGUGUAUGGCCUCUCCAGGCAGCGGGGAGCAUGACCACAUCAGCAGCAGACGCACCCGGCACUGCGUUUUGAUUGGUGGACUGCUCUUCUAGAGACGCUGUUCCUGUUUGUGUUGGACUCCUGCUCUGUCUCCAUUUCUCUCUCUCUGCUCCUCAUAUCUGUUCUGCAUUUGCAUUUUGUGAGUGGUUGGGUUGUAGCAGUGCAUGCAGUCCUGCCACCAGCACUGGGACAGGAAGGACGACCACGUCACACUCAAACCCGAACGGCUCCGCUGUGCGCGUGCACCUCGCGACCCUCGUCUUAAUCGAGUCCGUCGUGUCGUGAAACGGCAUUUCCACGGGUUUUCACCGUCUGGGGUGGGGAGGAAAGUGAAGACUGGGGGCUUUUCUUCUGCUGAUUUCAUCCGUUUGUGUUUGUUUUUUUUCUGAACGAGCAGUGUUGUUCGGAGUCUUGGAGAGCUGGUGCUGGAGUGCAUGACUGAGAAGCUCCUAGAAGGCGCUGCGUGUUUCAUGCUGAGUGCUCCACCCUGUUUCAGCCUGUGCUCCACCCUCUGCUGCCGCACAUUUCAAGGGGGUCAUGUUGACCUUUCCAAAUGGCUGAACUUUUUCUUUUUAUGUAGUUUUCUAUGAGUCGAUGGAUAAAUAGCCUCCAGCAUUUUUAUUGAUUACUAAAUUAAGAGGAAAACUUUUUUUUUUGCUAGGGAAAAAGCUUGUGUUCAUAAAUGAGGGGAAAAAAAGUGUAAAUACAAUGGACAUUCAACACGCAUGUCUGACCAAACUACCUGUAAACAGAUGAAGAUGUUUGUAUUUUUCUCUCCUUUGUAAAAAUGAACUGUUUUUUUUUCUAUUUGUAUGGCUCUGCUGUGCUUGUACAGAGUGUAACUUCUCAGAGGGUUGAGCGAGGGCUUUUGGACGCUUCUCUGGAGACGGGCUUCUUCUGUGCUCAGGCUUUUUCCACAGAGGGUUGAUGACUUCUCUGUUUCUUACUCGCUGCAUUCAAAAUGUCACCAAACCAAAAAUAACACUUGAUAACACUUUUA